CUCCACACAUCAUCCUACACAAUGGUGAGUCCACAUCCAUCGACAGCGCAUGCUUAUCGCUGACAACCCCUCCAGGUCAAAGUCGGUAUCAACGGAUUCGGCCGUAUCGGCCGUAUUGUUGCUCGCAAUGCUCUCGAGAACCAAGAGAUAGAGAUUGUAGCGAUUAACGACCCUUUCAUCGACCUCGAUUAUAUGGUCUACAUGUUCAAGUACGACUCCGUUCACCGCCGCUUCGAGGGCGACGUUCACGCCGAGAACGGCAAGCUCGUUAUCAACCGAAAGCCCAUCACCGUGUUCAGCGAGCGUGAUCCUGCCAACAUCAAGUGGGGAGACGUCGGCGCAGACUAUAUCGUGGAAUCCACUGGUGUCUUCACGACUACUGACAAAGCCGCUGCUCACCUGAAGGGUGGUGCCAAGAAAGUCGUUAUCUCCGCACCUUCCGCCGACGCUCCCAUGUUCGUGGUCGGCGUCAACCUCCCCGCUUACGACCCCAAAUACACCGUUAUCUCCAACGCUUCUUGCACGACCAACUGUCUCGCUCCCCUCGCGAAGGUUAUCGAUGACAACUUCGGCAUCGUUGAAGGUCUUAUGAGCACUAUCCACGCAACCACCGCCACCCAGAAGACCGUCGACGGUCCUUCUGCAAAGGACUGGCGCGGUGGUCGUGCAGUCAACAACAACAUCAUCCCAUCCAGCACUGGUGCCGCCAAAGCCGUUGGCAAGGUUAUUCCUCACCUCAACGGCAAAUUGACUGGUCUUGCUUUCCGUGUGCCCACUCUCGACGUCUCCGUCGUCGAUCUCGUCGUCCGUCUUUCCAAGCCCACGACCUACGCUAACAUCAAGGCUGCCAUGAAAGCUGCUGCCGAGUCUCCCGAACUCAGGGGCAUCGUUGCAUACACCGAAGAUGCAGUCGUAUCCACUGAUUUCGUUGGCCACCCAGCAAGCUCCAUCUUUGAUGCAAGCGCUGGAAUCCAGUUGAAUGAUACCUUCGUCAAGCUCAUUGCGUGGUAUGACAACGAGUGGGGAUACUCGAGGCGUGUAUGCGACCUUCUCGUCUAUGCUGCGAAGAGGGAUGAGGAAGCCGGUCUUUACAAGGCUAAAUAAAACGACGCACGGUUUGCUAUGUGUGGCUUACUGUCCAUAGACGAUUAGACCAGUAAAGAAAUAUUUACGAAGUAUGUACCAUCAGUCUCGUCUGGCUUCCGAGUCGGGUUUGCAUUAAAUAAAUGCCAGAAGCUUUCAUUUCAGAGCUGACGUGAACAU